AUGACGGAUCAGCAGCGGUGGACUAUGGACUUCAGCGGGUUGGGGACGUCGUACGACAAGAAACACAACCUGGACCCCCCCGGUUAUGACGCGCAGGCGGCGCGCGACCCGGUGGUGGGGUCAUUAGCGGUCAGCAAGCGGCAGCAGGAUGAUGCUGACAUGCUGCGCAAGAAGCAAGACGUGAGCUGCCACAUGCGCCCGCCGCAUGAGUCCGCGAGCACAUUCAGGCGGGAGGGCGUGCACGCCCUGUUUUCACGCGCAACAGCGCCCAUACGGCAGGUCGGCUUCAUGUGCUUCAUGAUGUGGAUGAUGGGCAAUGGAAUCCAGAUAUUCUCCAUCAUCAUGACGCUUUCGGGGCUGGCGCAGCCAGUAAUGGCCAUCGUGAAGAGCGGGGAAGGUGAGACCAGGGGUGGGGGAUAA